AUGGGAGUUUGUAGUGAGGUGGGUUAUCCCGCCCUUUUUUGGAUGGCGGGCAGAACGGACUUGGACACAGAGUUGAGCGCUGAUGGUCCACAUGCGAAUUCGAUCGUGUUUGUCGAGGCCGUCAGAUAUCGGUCACUCUCAGAGCCAGUUCUGGCCUCACCUGAUGAGAAUAGUGAGCCUGGGGAUUUGAUUCUGACUCCGACAUUGUCUCAGGAAGCGAACGGCGCUCGGCGGGUGCUCAGGAACGUUGGUUCGUACCUCCUAAAACCGUUUCGUCAUGCAGGCCGUUUUCUUCGGGGAGCUGGUCGCUUCUUCCAUCGCAAGAUACUGGCGGCCCCCUCGCGCGCUUUGUGGAGAAGGCGUCUGACCACGAUGAUCAACCAGCUGGCCGCGCAGAUGCGUUUGAAAUUAAAACCCAAACUGGAUGUGGAAAGCACGUGCGUCUCGGUGGCUCCCUACCUGAAGCAGAUUUAUUCUACUUCCUCCUUGCAAGAGGGUCAGUCUCCAGAGCGAUCGAUGCUGGUCAAGACACUGCUCCCACAGGGGCGGAAUGUUCACUUCAUGUCGCUCGUGACUAAAGAUGCGAUUGCUGCGCAGAGAGGGGAUUUUGCAAGCUUCUCCUCCUAUGGAAGUGUCCUAUUCACACUUAAGGAUCAAAGCGAAUCCCCGUUUACUCUGCUGGAAGCCCUCCCCAUUGCAACAAGAUCAUCCCAAGCGAGCGCCACGGAGAAACAGGAGAUUACGCAGGCGAUGGAAAUGAUCAAAACUGCAGCUUUGUCUUCAGAAACUGGAGUGCUUGUAGAUCUGCUGAGGCUGAAGAAUGUCAGUGGCGUCUGGUGCCCCCGCGGCAGCGUUGGUGCAGGUUUUGUUCCGAACGUAUUCAUGCGUCGGCUUCCAUAUACGACGCUCCGAGAAGUGCUUAACAACAUGGCGGCUGAUUCAGCAGAUGUAGAGACGCGUCUCUACCAGCUGCGUGUCUGCUUGACAAACCAGGUCUACAAGGUAAAGUCGAAAACUUCGGAAAAUUUCCCACGACGUGGAAGUAUUAGCGUUGACACUUUGCUGGUCACCGCAGACGGCUCAGUUCACCUGCCACCUCCGCAAACUCUCUCAACCCUAGCUGUCCCGUCUUCGGCGGCUACCGGUUUGGAAGCGAGUACCCAAAUGAAGUCUCCUGGCUCCUUCAGUCCAGAAGAAGAAGAAGAUUUGUCAACCUCUGAGACGGAAACUCCUCUAAGUGACGACGUCUUGUUCGCCAUCGUCUUCGCUCAGAUAUGGUGUUCAGCAAGCAGCCUCGACGCGGUGGCGCAGGAAGUACGCAUACACCACCGACUUAAGCGUGAGCUUCCAGAGGAAUUUUUCUCAGCAUGUCCAGCAAUGCCUGAUCGUGUAAAAAUUUUGGUCAUCGAAGGGGCAUUCUGA